UCGAGUAGACAAAGGUAUAGAACGAGUUUCAGGAAAACGAGAGGCAAACUGUUGUUACAGCUGAUCAUGGAGAACAAAACAACAUGCUUUGAAGGAUCUAACUACUGAACUAACAGACUGACCGGGUAUGCCAGCAGCUAAGAUAUCCCCAGUGAACGACCAGUGGCCAAACUCUACUUUUCAGGCCACCAUGUCCAGCACAGGAAGUACAGACACAGUUGGAAGUUCAGGUAGCAAUUAUUUGGGUAAAUCAGACAUGACACCAUAUCAGCGAAUCCUCAGAAAUCUCAACUAUAAUGAACGCUGGCAGAAAGACAUUGCGUUAGGACGAAGAAUAGGUUUUUAUCAAAUUCAAGGAGAACUCGGAACUGGAAAUUUCUCUCAGGUUAAAUUUGCUACCCAUUGUCUCAUAAAAGAAAAAGUUGCGGUGAAGAUCCUUGAUAAAUCGACAUUAGAUCAAAAAACUCAUAAAAUGCUAACUCGGGAAAUUACAAGCAUGGAAAUGCUUCACCACCCUCAUGCCAUUAGGCUUUUUGAAGUAAUUGAAACGUUCACUAAGAUAUUCCUUAUCAUGGAAUAUGCCAACGGAGGAGAACUCUUCCAUCGAAUCUCAACUGAUGGACGCUUUUCUGAGGAGGAAGCCAAGCCUUUGUUCGCUCAGGUUAUAGCUGCUGUAGAUCACAUGCAUCAACACAACAUCAUUCAUCGAGACAUAAAAGCUGAGAACGUUUUCUUUGCUGGACCAAGAACCGUAAAAAUAGGAGACUACGGGUUUAGCACGCAAGUAAAGGAUAAGGAGGAAGGUCUACGAACUUUCUGUGGCUCACCACCUUAUGCUGCCCCAGAGUUAUUUAAAGAUGAGAGUUAUGUUGGCCCCUACGUAGACAUCUGGGCUUUAGUACUACUAUAUUUUAUGGUUGUCGGUUCCAUGCCCUUUAAAGCUCAAACAGUUGCCGCUUUGAAGAAACUCAUUCUCAGCGGACAGUUCGAUAUUCCUGAUCACGUGACCAAAAGAUGCCGUGUUCUGCUAAUAGGAACUUUACAGCAGGUUCCACAGUCCCGGAUGUCCCUAGAACAAAUUAAGUGUUCACAGUGGCUCUCAGAACAACAGUUCCCCAUAGAAUUGCCCAAACUUAACGUUCUAAACUCUCUAAACUCGAGUAGCAACGAUACAGAAGAACGCAAAGCCUGCAACAUAUUGUCAGAUUUAGGAAUAACACAAGAUAUGUUGUGGGAAUGUGCCGAUAAGGGGGCGCGCAGUAAUAUUGUUGGUACAUACCGUAUACUACUGCACAAACUCCAGUUUCAAUUACUUACAAACACUAUACAGGGAAAUGAGUCUGUGGCGCCAUCUAGAGAGAAAAAACUGGAAAACAGUCGAAGAUUUGGUGACACUAAUGUAAGAGUCCCGGAUCGAGGAGCCACGCGAAGAGCUAAACGAUCAAAAGCAUGUAUUUUACUCUGAUAGUCAAGAUAUAACGCGUUCAGUAUUAGAAUUUUACUUCAGGUACAAAAUAUCAUAUUUAUGAUUUUAUACAGACGAGCACGGCAUCCAACCCAAGACAAGAAUCAGGUUGAAAGUGUUGUAAGUAAACUAUCAACCAACCCCCAGCUAUUACUUCUAAACCAAACUAUUAUUUUAAAACAGAAAUGAUAACAGUUUAUUAGUCUGUUAGUUUCUUUGUCGGUUAAUAAAUAAUACAGAAAGUGUGUACAUAUCACAUGUAAAUACAGUUUAUGGGAGAUAUUUAUGGCUAAGAAAUGACAUCAUAUACAAUAGCAGUACUUAGUGAAAAUCCUUGACGUUUCGAAUUAUACUGUCGAAAUUACUUAAAUAGAGGCUUUUAGGGAGAGAAAACUGUUCCCAGCACAUAAAAACUUGUGUACUUCAAGCUUUGAAUUUUUAAGCGAUUUAUUUAUUUACAGAAAUUGGUUUGUAAGCGGUCUUUAGUUUUCUGAUUGAUCCAGGUGUACACAUUAGUGUGAAUUCUAAUCUUUUAGCUGAUUACCUAGUGAUAUAAUGUAAAACACAUUGUUUGAAUAACGUAAACGUACUUUUGUACGAGAGAUCUGCAAAUAAUGUGGUUAUAUCAUUACCUUUAUGCUAAUUAAUGUUUGACACUUUCAGUUUUUUAACCUUUUUUUUUGAGCCAGUGAAUGUAAAAUAAGAUGUCUUGUUGUAUGUGAGUUACUGUUUAUAUCAAAGAAAAAAAUUAUUGAAUCGUAUAAAUCUGACACAGAAUUUAAUCAUAUCAUCGAUAUUUUAUGUUUGAAUCUGUUUUAUAUGGAAGUUGUUGAAUAUGUUAUGUUAUUCGGGUUGACGACUCACGUUAAGAAAGAUAUAAUGUUUUAUAUCAUUCCUGACUUACGGUUACUAAAACAUUUGGUAUAUAAUUCAUCUCAUAUGUAAGUAACUUCAGGUAAUUUAUACUGUAUAAAAAUAUCAUGUAGAAACAUUUUCUGUUUAAACAUAUUACAAUUGAAUGUUUGUAAAUAUUGGAAAAGCGUUAACAGGUGACUGGUUGGAUGUAAACAUUAACAUUAACACAAUCCAAGCCGAUAAACUCACGACUUGACAUGGAAAUAAGAAAAUGCCUUUGAGAUAAUUUCUACCACGCGGCAGUUCUGUCGUACGGGCUAAAAUGACAUUUUUACCAAAUAAAUAUCUAUGAUAUUUUAUCAUAAAUAAUGAGUUAUUACCCCUCCCCCCAAUA